AUGAAGCUGUCAAAGCCACCGAACUUGAGUCUUGAGUUCAUAAACCGACUUAUAUUUGCCACAAAGAUGCCAGUUAUAGAACCCUCAACCACAAGGGUAGUGGUUCAUCCCUUGGUUCUUUUAAGUGUUGUGGACCAUUUUAAUCGAAUGGGGAAAAUUGGUAAUCAAAAGAGAGUAGUUGGAGUUUUAUUAGGUUGUUGGAGGGCUAAAGGAGUUUUGGAUGUAUCGAACAGCUUCGCAGUUCCAUUUGAUGAGGAUGACAAAGAUAAAUCUGUCUGGUUUUUGGAUCACGACUAUUUGGAAAAUAUGUAUGGUAUGUUCAAAAAGGUAAAUGCCAGAGAAAAGGUGGUUGGUUGGUACCAUACGGGGCCUAAGCUACAUCAAAAUGAUGUUGCCAUAAAUGAGUUGAUAAGGCGUUACUGUCCAAAUUCUGUGCUUGUUAUUAUUGAUGCAAAACCAAAAGAUCUUGGUUUGCCUACUGAGGCGUAUCAGGCAGUAGAGGAAGUGCAUGAUGAUGGCAGUCCUACAACCAGAACUUUUGAACAUGUUGCCAGUGAAAUAGGUGCAGAGGAGGCAGAAGAAGUGGGAGUGGAACACUUACUGAGAGAUAUCAAGGAUACAACUGUCGAUAUUGCUAGUGACAACUUUAUUGAUAAUCUAUACAUCAAGACUAAUGAUCAGUCUCUUGUUGUAUAUUUAGCGGCCCUUGUUAGAUCUAUAAUUGCCCUGCAUAACCUGAUCAACAAUAAAAUAACAAAUAGAGACGCAGAAGAAGGCAAAAAAGAAGAUGCAAAAGAAAAAAAGGAGAAAAAAGAUGAUAAAGAUGACAAGAAGACUGAUGAUAAAGUAAAAGCAGAUAAAAAAGAAAAGGAAGAAAAAAAGAAG